AUGAGUAAUGCUAUUAGUCUGGAUUUUGAAUAUAUAGCGGCACAUAUCAGCGAUCAUAUUAAAGAAGGUAACUUCUUUGACUUGUUCGAAGUCGAAGACAUCAAAAAGAUCAUGAAAACUUCAAAAAUAACAUCAGACGAUUUCGUAUCUCUUCUUAAACAGUCACAACCUACUAUUAAUGCAAAUGAAUUAUAUAACUGCACUCGAAAAGCUAUUGUUUAUGUUAAAAACUUGCAAGAUGUCAUAUUAGUACUUCAAACAGUUAAAACGUACAUGAAAAUCGAAAUAUUCAAUGAAAUGAUUGAUUUUUUAUAUAAUACAGAAAAAGAAAUAUCUGAGAAUUCAGAACAAAUUAAAGAAGAAAAUAACCAAUUAAAGGAAGAACUCCAACACGCAGAAAAAGCUUUCUUACAAGUUAAUGCAGACUACAUAAAACUAAAGAAAGAACUUCGUGGUGGAGAUAAUCAUAAACCCUUUCAAAAUAAUGAAAGUAUUGACAAAUUAAAGGAAGUUUGUUUCCAAAUUAAUGAAGAAAACAUCAAAUUAAAAUUAGAUGUCCAUGACAAAGAAAAAUUAAUCAGUCAAAUGAGUGAAGAGAUCAACACAUUAAAUAAUAGUCUGCAAGAAAGAGAAAGAACAAUUCGUCAAAUUAACGACGAAAAAAACAAUUUAAAGAAAGAACUCCAAGAUGUCGAAAGUAUUGCAAGUCAAAAUAGUGGCUAUUUCAAAUUAAAGAAGGAACUCUGGGAUAAAGAAAAGAAAAUCAAUCAAGUUAACGACGAAAACAACAAACUAAAGAAAGAACUUCAAGAAAACGAAACGAAAAUCAAGAAAAUUAAUGAAGAAAACAAUGUUUUAAAGAAGAAUCUCCAAGAGAAAGAAAAGCAACUUACUGAAAUAAAUGAAGAAAACAACGGAUUAAAGAAAGAGUUCCAUAACAUGGAAACUUUCUUCUUAGAAAUUAAUGAAGAAAACAAAAAAUUAAAGAAUUCUCUUCAAGAGAAAGAUAGAAAAAUCAGUGAAUUUAACGAUGAAAACAAUGUAUUGAAGAAAGAUCUCCAAGACAAGCAGAUGAAAUUCAAUGAAAUUAAUGAAGAAAACAAAAAAUUAAAGAAUUCUCUUCAAGAGAAAGAUAGAAAAAUCAGUGAAUUUAACGAUGAAAACAAUGUAUUGAAGAAAGAUCUCCAAGACAAGCAGAUGAAAUUCAAUGAAAUUAAUGAAGAAAACAAUAUAUUGAAGAAAGAUCUCCAAGACAAGCAAAGGAAAUUCAAUGAAAUUAAUGAAGAAAACAAUAUAUUGAAGAAAGAUCUCCAAGACAAACAAAGGAAAUUCAAUGAAAUUAAUGAAGAAAACAAUGUAUUGAAGAAAGAUCUCCAAGACAAGCAAAGGAAAUUCAAUGAAAUUAAUGAAGAAAACAAUAUAUUGAAGAAAGAUCUCCAAGACAAACAAAGGAAAUUCAAUGAAAUUAAUGAAGAAAACAAUGUAUUGAAGAAAGAUCUCCAAGAAAGAGAUAGAAAACUCAAUAAAAGUAACGAAGAAUACAAAGCAUUACAGAAUAGUAUUCAAAACAUGGAAGGAAUUUUCUUACAAUUGAAUGAAGAAAACAAAAAAUUAAAGAAAGAGUUGCAAGUCAGAGAAAGGAAUGUCAAUCAAAAUGAUGGAGAAAGCAAUGCUCGUAGAGAAAUUCUAACAAAUGGCUUCAAUUUCCUUAAUGAACAUACAUGA